AUGAAGUUCGCCAUUUUUACUUUCUGUUCCGGCUUCCUGGCCGUGUUAACGCACGGAGAACAAUUUACCAACCCAGUUUUGUGGGAGGAUCUCGCUGACAACGACGUCUUCCGCGUCGACGAUGUUUAUUACUACACUGCUUCGACUAUGCACUACUCGCCUGGUGCCCCAAUUCUACAAUCUUACGACCUCGUCAACUGGGAAUACAUAGGCCAUGCUGUGCCUAACCUCCCCUGGGGGAACAAGUACAAUUUGCAAGGUGGGAAUGCUUAUGUAAAGGGCAUCUUUGCAUCUACUAUGAGAUACAGAGCAAGCAACAAGCAAUUCUACUGGAUUGGCUGUAUUGAGUAUAGUCGUACUUAUGUUUACACCUCUACCUCUGCUACGAACACGUGGACCCCUCGCUCAGAAAUCAACACUUGUUACUACGAUUGCGGACUCCUUAUCGAUGAUGACGAUACUAUGUAUGUGGCUUAUGGGAAUACUCAAAUUUCGGUUGCACAACUCUCAGCGGAUGGCCUCGGUCAAGUGAAGACUCAGGUCGUCUACAAUACACCUAGCAGUAUCGGUACGCUAGAAGGAUCCCGAAUGUAUAAGAUCAAAGGAGUGUAUUACAUAUUCUCCACUAAACCUGCCAACGGGCAAUAUGUGUUACAAUCUUCUAGCGGGCCAUUUGGCCCAUAUACCAUCAAAGAACUACUUUUGAAUCUAGGGUCUCCUAUUCCGGGCGGGGGGGUUCCUCACCAAGGCAGUUUGGUCGAGACACAAAAUGGGACAUGGUAUUACAUGGCAUUUGUGGACAGCUAUCCUGGCGGAAGAAUGCCCGUUCUCGCACCGAUAACAUGGGGCUCCGACGGGUUCCCGGUCAUCACCCUGGUGAGCGGAGCGUGGGGAUCGUCUUACAACUACCCUCUGGCGCCUCGAGUUCUGGAGUCGUACACUGGUACCGAUUCUUUCCAAGGGACCUCACUCGGCCCACAAUGGGAAUGGAAUCACAAUUCCGAUACUACCAAAUUCUCUGUCAACAACGGUCUCAUUUUGAACGCAGCAACAGUAACAUCUGACCUGUAUUCCGCGUGCAACACCCUCACACACAGAAUUAUUGGGCCCACGUCGUCAGGGACGAUAAUACUGGAUUACUCUAAGAUGAAAGACGGUGAUCGCGCUGGGCUUGUGCUUCUACGAGACACAAGUGCUUGGAUCGGGGUUGUGAACAAUAGGGGCACAUUCAGGGUAUCCAUGUGGUCCGGACUGACCAUGACCUCAACAUGGGGCACAGCCAGCACAGGAGCUGAAGUUAAAGGUGUUACGAUUUCAGGUGGAAAAGUAUGGCUGCGCAUCUAUGCUGAUAUUCAUGUUGGGACCGGAAAGCAGGGAACUUUCUACUAUAGCACAGACGGCUCGACCUUCACAGCACUUGGAAGCUUGACUCUCAAUAGCGCCUGGAAUUUCUUUCUGGGAUACCGAUAUGGUAUUUUCAAUUUUGCUACCAAGGCUCUUGGUGGCUCGGUGGCAGUCAUUUCUUUCACGAUGGAUUCUCCGGGAUCUACAACGACUGGAGGCACAAUCACUCAGUCAUAG